AUGAAUCUUUUAUUCAGCGGCGAGCUUGGUAGCGAUGUUUUCGGUUCUCCUGGAUUUUUUUCGCCGUCGAUCUUCGCCACGGGCCAGCAUAUUUCACCGCCCCCUCCGGAACUGAGCCUGAAGCCGCAGUGUGAGACGGGGAGGGACGAAGAUGGACUCACAGCAACCUGGAAACAAUUCAAGUUCCCAACAUCCACUGAAUUAUACAUGCCAGCUCAAAUCCGAAAUGGUGUUCAUCCAAUUAAUUUCCCAUUUCAACCAGUUCUUCACUUUGAUGCAACAAAUAGAAAUUAUCAUCCUCAUGCCGAUCAACAACCUCGCAUUCACCUUGAUCCAGUUAAUGGAUUCUCCUUCCAGAGUCUUUUGAAUGCUCCAAUGUGCAAUACUCAAACUCGUGAUAAGAGAGAAAAAGAUACUCAAAAUCAUACCAACUCUCAAUCUUUGAUUGCAAAAAAGGACUGGUCAAAAGAAGAAGAGAUUGCAUUAACAAAAGCAUGGUUAUAUGUUUCUGAGGAUGCUGAAGUUGGUAACAAUCAAAAGGGAGCAGCUAUGUGGGAUCGUAUUUUAGAAGCUUGGAAAGAGAAUAUGGGGGUUACAUGCAAUACGGCUCGAAAUAACAACAGCCUGCAACUCAAAUGGUCCAAAAUGCAAUUUGCAGUGAGCAAGUUUCAUGCACAGUAUGAGCGUUUGGAACGGCAUCCACAAAGUGGUUCGAACUCAGAUGAUCCUGGUACGUAUAUAAUAAAUGCUAUGCGGUCGUAUGAAGAUUUUGUGGGUGCUCCAUUUAAAUUUAUCCAUUGUUGGGAAAUUCUGAUUAAAAAUCCUAAAUGGUGCUCUAAAGAGCUUACAAAGACGGCUGCAGGAUGUAAACAAGGAAUUGAGCACAAUAAACCAACAAUGGUCAAUCAACUAGAAGAUAACAUUAAGGAUUGUGAUGUUAUUUCUGAUUGUACUAAAGUUGAUGGACUUGAGCGCCCGAAAGGAAGAAAAGCCUGUAAAGAUAGAAAGAGAAAACUGAAUGAGGAAAAAAGCGUGGUGGAUGCUCUGACCAAGUUGCAUUGCACAUUAGAGAAACAAGUUAGCAUUAAUCAAGCAACUUUGGAGAUGAAAAAAGAAAACUAUGCAAAAGAACUGAAGUUACGGGGGGAAGUAAUGCAAAAAGAACUAGAAUUAAAAGAGAAAGCUCAAAGAUUGAAAGAAAAAAUGUUUAUAAUGAAGUUGAAAGAGCAAAAGAGGCAAGAGCAAGACCACGUUAUGAACCAAGACUUAAGCAAGUUAUCCCCUAUUCGUCGAGCUUAUUAUGAACUUAGAAAGGCUGAAAUCUUGAAAGAAUUGGAGGAUGAUGAUCCUUGCAAAUUUAGCCUGACGAGAUAA